CAGAAGGGGCCGGAACAGGCUGUGCCUGCAGAGGCGGUCCUGAAGGAGCAGCCUGCAGCCAGCAGGCAAGCUCAAGGGCAGGACCAGCAGCACAGCAGGCUGCUGGCUGUUCCAGGGCUGGGAGGGCAGACAGAGGCACCUCCUGCAUCAUGUCCCGGGGGAAUGGGAAGAAGGCUCUGUCCUGGGCCCUGCUGCCCCUUCUUCUCGGAUUGCAGCUGCCAAGGGUUCACACAUGGUGUUCUGAAGAACAAACGGAGAUAGAAGCUAAAUAUGCCAAGUAUCCUUACUCAUCUGUGGUAAGGUUUGCCGAGCAAGCUUUCAACAAGGAGAUGAAGGAUGAAUAUUUCUACAGAAUGGAGCGCAUCCUGCAGUUCUGGAGGGAGAAGGGUAACUUCCCGGUUGUCUUCUCUACGGAACUUUUGCUGCACCGAACUAUCUGCAAGAAAACAGAAACGGACAUUGAAGAUUGCCCCUUUCACAAGGGUACACAGUUCAAACAUGUAAUAAAAUGCUUCUUCACCAUCAGCACUACACCAUGGUUGUCCAACUACAAACUCAUACAGAAGGACUGCCAGGAGCAACUUCUCUAGUCGAUGCCCAG